AAAAGGGUUCAUAAAAACAGCUGCAACAAAAUGUAAAACACAAAAAUUAUUAGGGUUUAAGAGAUGGAAUCAACGGUGAAGAAAUAUCAACAGAGAUUUAGAAAGAUCAAAGAAGAAUUGGAGAGAUGGGAUAAUGUUCAAUCUACCUUCGUUUCUCAAUUCAGAAACGCAUCUUCAAUUAUCAACAGAUUACAGGUGAUUAAAGAUUCUAAGAAUUACGGAACUUUGAACGGUGUGGAUGGCUUAGCUAAUGUAGUAUUGAGGAAGCAAAUGGAGUCCUUACAGACUAUAUUAAUUUCCAUGAAUAAGACAUUGGAAGAUUUCCGCAGUGUUGUUAUGUUUCUUGAGAGGAUGCAUAGGGACGGCAAGCAGGUAGUUAAGGGAAGUUCUUCUAGUAAGUUGACUAAGAAACAAUUGCAGCAACGUGUCGGUAUUAAGCCGUGUCUUGCCGAUUGCUUGGACGGACUCGUGAUUCUUCAUGAAAUGCAUCACGCGGAGUUUAUGCUUAAAUCAUCUCUGGUUUCAGCACUUCCAACACUUACUCUGAAACCGAGUUCAAGUGAUCUCGCUGCACUCCAACAACUUUUGGUUGAUCAGCCUAAUAUCCCGAAAGAGGAAGUGCAAUUCAUUUUUGAUAUUAUCUUUGCGGAAGAGAUCUGUUAAUUCGUGGUUGCUUUUUACUGUAUGGUUAGCAACAAGUGCUUAUACACUUGAAAGUAGCACAAAAGUAGAAAACUGUUGAUGCUAUGGAGGUCACGGAUCAAAUUGGAUCGAGAAAGAUCAUCCCUAAUGUGCAUACCUGAGCUACCACAGUUAGAUCGUCGUUGCUUAGUUUUGUUACCGUAGCCGAAUCCAGAAACCACCGAGCAAUCUCGUUCUUCAUCGGCAUUACAUUCCCGUUGACUGGUUUAAAUAUGUAGAGAAUUUUUAACCGGUAAUCACCCAGAUGGUGAAACCGUUGCAAAAAUUGAAGACCACUAUGUAAUUUUCAGUAAUUUCAAAACAAUGAAUAUAUACAAUGUCUUAUAAAUUGGAAUUAGAAUUGG